AUGAAGGAAAGAGUCGAGCUGAACAACAAUGGCAGAUCCAUCGAGUCGCAUUGCAAGUUGUUCGAAAAGCGAAAGGUAUGUCCAUGUGUUCUGAUAUUUGACAUUGAUAUUGUUAACGGCAAGAUGGCUGAUCCACUGGUCAAAACACGCUAAUUUAGCGAGAUGAAAUUGAAUUAAAUCAGAUCGGACAGAAAUCGACAAAACAUUUAUUAAUCAAUUAAUUAUACAUUCCUUUUUCUUCUCUAUUUGCAGUGGGAGCCACGGUACAUCGUCUGCAGACUACAAAGCGAUUUGGAAGACCCACUGCUAACCUUCUACAAAAAUCGUAAAGAUCGGCAGAGGGAUAAAGCGAAACAAUCACUGCUUCUUGGAAAUUACAUCGGGUUUGAGAAAAGUGAAUCGGAAACCGACCUUUUUCAUUGGUUUAUACCUCUCCUCAUUUCAGGUUUCCCUCUCAAGAACAAAAAUCAAACGUUGACGGUUAUCGCCAAAGACUAUAAUAUCGUUCUCUCUUUCCACUUUCCCGAAACACUUUUACAAUGGGAGACAUGGUUCAAAAACGUUGGUGGCCAGAGUGAGUAUGAUUGAUGAUGUUCGUCUGACGAUGGUUGAUUUUGACAGGCACGAUACACUACAUGCAAUUGCUAAAGUUUCCGAAUCAACAGGAGAAUCCGUCGUUUAUCAACAGAGAAGUCAGAUGUCACUUGCACGUGAGAAAUGGGACUGGAAAAACAGAAGAUUAGCCAAUUUGCUAUUUCAGGAUUCACGCCUGGCUCUGGUGUACGGUAUUCCUGCGGAGACUUUGCUUUACUGUGAAGUCUCUGCGGCUAGCAUCACUCCCGAUCACAGCACCCAUCGGGUCACGAUUGUUCCUCACAACGGAGAGGGAGAGUUCAUCCUGUGCUGCCCAUCCAUCGACUUUUUCGCGAGAUUACUCAGAAAAGCAAACGAAGACGAUGGAUCACUAAACUUAUACCUGAAUAAGAAGAAUGCGGAGGGCGAUUGGCUGCAUAACGUGACUCAUUUUUUGAUCGUCAGUUUUAAUAAUCCUUUUCCAGAUACGAAUUCGAAAGCAGCAGGACUCGAUCUCCGAUCUAUCCGGAACUUUCACAGGAUGGUUCCAUCACAUGAAUCCCACAUCGCCAUCCAUCAACCAGAGCGAGAUUUUUUCGUCUCGGUGAGAAAAUAUUAUUAUCCUUCAGACCUUCUUAUCUAUUCCUAUAAAUUAUCUUUCAGGGCCGCUAUCAACACAAUCGGGAUAAGAAACCCCGGCUUGAAAACGCCCAUUGGGAGUCUGAAGUUCCUGAAUGGACUGCUGCCGGAAAGCAGUUUUUCGCAACAGCCAAUGAUCAUUCCGCCGCCUGAACAUUUUGUAAUGUCUCCAGUAAAAAAAGUGGCGGAAGGCGUUCCAUCAUCACCGGUGCUUUCAUCCACAAAUGAUAACUCUCCUAAUCUUGGUAACACUUACAUUGGGUUUAUGAGACAGAAUGGAAGGAGUUUAGGAUCAAAUGCAAAACAAAGGAGUACAAGUUUACCGGAAUAUGUCAACAUUCAGCAUGUCAUCAAACGAUCACCAGACACUGCAAGAAUAAGUGAGCGACUUUUCGUGAUUCAUUUUUCGAUUUUUGUUGAGGCCAUGAAAUCAUACAACGUAAGGCUUCGACUAUGACCACACCAGCUCAAGAGUCACCGAGAUUCUCGAACUGUGAGGAGAACAGACAGUUCUUGCCGAAUCGGAUUCGCACGUAAGUCAUUGAAAUUCAAAUCUACACGUCUUUGUGUUUCUUGAAGAAAGGGAAGGUCAAUGAUGGACUUCUCAACGCUACCGUAUGAAGAGAACGGAAAUAGGCACGAAAGUUGGCGGAAAGCCAAAAAAUUCAUUUCCGCAUUUAGUCCCAAAUCCCAUCAAGAUCUUUUCAAAAGCACAACCAAGGUGAGAACCAAAUGCCUUGUUCAGAAUAAAAAAAGUUACCGCUUUUAAAGAGCUUCAAGAAAUCGUCAAGUACAAGUGCACUAGCGUUCAGCCCAAUUGAAGUAAGAAAGAAAAAACGUUUCAUAAUCACGUCCGGUUGAAAAUUUCAGUCAAAAACAAGUUUGGCAACAACGUCAUCGAGCAGCGAAUUGGACGAACUUCCUCCGCCUUCUCUGAACUUGGCCGUCUCCAAUCCACCACCACCGUUGACACCUAGGAAAGAAAAAGUAUGACACAACAGUAAUAGGAGCAAAAUUUGAACACUUUUCAGGAACCAGAAAACAUCCCAGCCGGUUUAGUACGUCUACGGGAAGAGGGAUCGUUAAAGAUGCGCGGAGGGGUCAACAUUGCAUUGGCUAGGAGGCUCGCCGCUGGAAUCAAUGGAUCAUUUUUAGUCAGAACUUGGGGAUUACUGUAGCUUUCAUCUAAGGUUUACAGAAGUACGAUGGCGACAGAGGAACGCAUGUCUAUCCGCAAACUGAAGAAGAAAAAGAUCGAAAGAUUGACGCUUUCAUAGAAGAACGAAGGAGAACCGCCAGUGCAAGAAAAAUUGAAUCACCCGUCUUUUCCGAUGAUCGUCAGUGUUUAUUUGCGAAGACCCCCUUAGCAAACGUGACAUUUUCAGCAAUUGCAAAUGUGAUAUCAAAAGAAAGGGAAAAACUGAAACACCUGGAACGCAGAGCGUCUUCCGUUUCCUUCCACAGAGCGAAUGCGGUUCAAUUAGCACAUCUCAAUGAAAUACAGAAAAAGGCGUUAGCGUCAGUCAACAUUUUACCAAGAAAACAUUCAAACUCUGAAUCUCAAAGGUAUUUUAAACGCUAAAAACAUAAGUCCGAUCCGUUUGCAGCAUCAUGUCGUCCUCCGAAUCUCUGUCUUCAGAUGCUCGAUCCAAGAUCUCAAUCAAAAAACGAAGCAAUUCACCUCCCCUGACAGUAGCUCCAAGCAUUCUCCCCAAACAACCCAGCCAGCAAACGUUGACCGUUUGUUUUCAUUUUUUUUUUCAUUUCUUUCAUUGACGUUGCUUUUUGGGCACAUUCAUAAUUGCAUUUUGAGCAUUGAAAAGAGAAAGGGUUUGGCAGAAAAAAAAAGGUUCCCGGUCUCUGAACCUUGUGAUCCUAUUUGGAAUUCCAUCCCAUUCAAUUACCCCCCAUAUUGCAGCUCCAAAAACAAUCAUCGUCGUCGAUUGAUUCACUUAAUUCACAACAAACGACACGGACCACGUCAUCGAUUCGGCUCCCGACACGAAUUGUCGUCAAUAACUCCUCGAGCACCGAAAUUAGUAAUUAUAAUUAGGCAAUUUCUUGUUAAUGGCACAAAUUGAUUUGUUUUCAGGUAGCGAGGAAAGUUCUGGGAAGUCUAGUCACUAUUUCGAAAGCAAUGUGAGUUUCGCUUCUUGUCCGGCACUUCCUUCUUCCUUGUUCUCACACUUUGACACGUCUUUAGAUUGGUCCCAACACAAACAAGACUACACUUUCGCCGCACCCGAACCAAACUCUGGCGAGACACGAAUCGCGGCGAAUGUCCGAGGUUUUGCAUAAUAACAGUUGAGGGUAAACAACAUUUAUUUAUGGUCAUUCAGGGUCAAGGAAGUAAUUCCUCAGACGCGAUGGCGCAGGCGAGGAAAGGGUAUUUUCGUAAAAAUAAUAAGACGCGGAGGAGUGAUCGACAUUUAGACGACACGAGCGAGUUGUUGUGACGUCCGAGACGAGAAUUCUUGAGUAA